AUGCCUGACGAUCAACCUUGGGGACGACGCCUUGUCGUCUGCUGCGACGGUACUUGGCAAUCCAGCGUUAGCGGUAGAGAGAACGUCCCGUCAAACGUUACCAAGCUUUGCCGUCUCAUUGCACGUAUAGGCCUUGAGCGAGAUAAUCCGUCGAAGAAAUGGCACCAAGUCGUCUACUACGACAGUGGGAUAGGGACCGGUGAUAUAAGCCAAUUUGAGUCUGGGUGGCAAGGUGGAACAGGGGCCGGCUUAGCAGAGAACGUCAUCGAAGCCUACAAUUUCAUCGUCAUGAAUUAUGAGCCUGGUGAUGAGAUCUUCUGCUUUGGGUUCUCGAGGGGUGCGUAUACGGCAAGAGCUGUGGCUGGGUUGGUGUCGGAUAUCGGCGUCAUGCGACCAAUCGAUAUGGAGUUUUUCCCGGAAGUAUACCGCGCGUAUACGACGAAUGAAAAGGGGUUUGAAUUUCGCGAGACGAAGGCUUGGGAGUGGUUUGUUAAAGGCAAGCUCAGUAAAGAGGGGGAACAGUUGGAGAAGGCGGGCACGAAAUUUCUAGACGAUGAGAAGUUCCAAGCGGAGGUUUGGGAGAUUCCUCCGCAUGGAGAACUUGCUAUCAACCCUGCUAGUAGGAGAGUCAAGGUUGUUGGCGUGUGGGAUACUGUUGGAAGCUUAGGUGUACCUGACGUUAUCGGCAUUGACAACGCGGACAAGCGGCUUCAGUUCGGCUUCCACAAUGUCAAGUUGUCUCAAAAUAUUGAGCAUGCAUACCAAGCGUUAGCUUUGAACGAACGCAGAGAAUCUUUCCGUCCGACGCUGUGGUACAUUCCUUAUGGAAUGACGGAAGAUGUCCCUGAUUUGAAGCAAGUAUGGUUCCCCGGCGUUCACAUCAAUUGUGGAGGAGGGUCCGACGACUGCCAGAAAGACAUGGAGGGCGACUUGGAAAAUAUCUCCAUGGCUACCCUAACAUGGAUGCUACAAUGUGUCUCGCCCUUCCUAACAAUCGACAAAUCAGCUUUCAACGAUUACCUCCACAAGCACCAGCAAUGGCUCAACAAAAUCCGCUUCGCAUGCACAUACCACCACACAAAGAGUGAAUCCACCGCCCAGCGACUAUGGCACAAAGUGCCCAACAUCCUCCACUUCAACGAAACACCCGACGCGCUCAUCCCCACUCCCCGCGACCCACCCCACGCCCACAAGACAUUCGACUACGGCUGGGGCAUAGGCCCGCUCAAAGACCCCUUCAGCGGCAUCUACUACCUCAACGGCACGCACCCGCGCGACCCAGGCCACGAAGCAAUCGAAGCAUACCACCCCAAAGCCAAAGAGCAGCAGUGGACGCCCCUCACCGACCUGGGCAGAACGCACGAAUACAUCCACCCCAUCGUCUACCACCGCCGGCUCGUCCGCGGCUGGGACGCCUACUCGCCGCUCCGCCAGGGCUGGACGCGCAUGCACAAGCGCCUCGAGGACGACAAUAAGGAGCGGUUCUGGUGGUACAAGACCAGCGAGGCGGACGAGGCGUUCAGGGACGGGAAGCCGUAUAAGGCGUUGCCUGAGUGGGCUAUUCUGCCCGAGGUGGGGACGCCCGGGCCGAAGAACUACGAGAGGGAGUGGUAUCGGAUGUGUGAGAAGUCCGAGGCGACGGUUCGUGCGCUGGCGAAGGCGCGGGAUAUCGAUCAGGUGGAUGGGUUGGGGCGGCCGGACUUUUUGAAGAGCUUGGAUGUUGAUAUUGAUUUUGGGGUAGGGAAGAGGGCGACGAAUCAGUGGCCCUGA